UUGCACUUGCAUUGCUGACGCUGGUGACGAGCUCGACGACUCUCCUUGUUUCUUUCUGACCUUGGUGCGAUUUUCUUAUUGUAUCCGUUCGGAGCUGGACUCCUGCCCACGCUAGUCUAUUGCAUUACUGUCUAAUAGCACCACACCCUUUACGGCCAAUCGAGAGCGGCUCUGGAAGCCACUUCAUAACCAAGAUGGACUAUCGAGACUUGACGCCACCUGCUGAAUUCGAUCUCUAUGGCCACGAUAAUCUGCAAUGUCCCGGUGGCAGUGUGGGUCCCCAUGGAGCAUAUUUUCCGCAGGACUGGUCUCCACCAACAGACUUCGUAGCGAAUAUUACACCACCUCGAUCGCCCAUGAUUGCUCGCGAAUAUGGCUCACGACUACUGCCCAAGCCACGAUACCAAGAUCAGCUGACUGAGUCUGGCUGUAAUCACCCUUCACAGCUUCACUCGCACAAUCGAACAGCCUCAUUGCCCGCCAAUGUCCUUUCUGGCAAAUUUGGGCCAGCCUUGCCGCACUCUGCAACGGAUCGGAGGUCAACAAGUCCAUAUGGCCAUGACAGGAUCCUCUCGCCUGCACCGGCGCACCAACAAGGGAUGAGCCGUCCUGACAUGAACAACAUGCGCUCAAUCUCCUCUUCUCAUAUAUCGAAUAUUCGAUCACACUCUCGUAAUGUGUCCUCUAGCAGCAUCGAUGCGGCCAUGCUCAGCCGCUAUGGCUAUCCUACCUAUCGACAAAGUCCAAGCUCUCAAGCACUACCUGUGUCAAACUACAUCUCGAGGACACCGUCAGCAAUGAGCUUCCUAGCACCUAUUGCCACUCCAAGCGGACAGAUGCAGUCUUAUCCCAAUCAUCGUCGAACAGCCAGUCCACCCGCAAGACCGUCACGGUUAUCAGUCGAGGCUGAUCUGCAUGUGCAGUCCGAUGUCCCUAGCCCCACUUCAACAGUCAUGGACUACCUCACUGAACCAAAUCCGGCCCCGUCGCUUAUUCAAAAGGUCGCUAAACCAGACACAAGCCAAGUGAGCCAUUUCUGGUUCGAUAUUCGCAACCUCAGGACCUGGUCCGAUUUUACAGUCGACACAAUCUCUUCGAUCCCAGGUCUACUCGACCUCCUCAAUAUCGACGUGUCCAUGAAGGCUCUUCCAAAUCCGGCCCCGGUCAACCUGUCACCCGAGUCCUCCGCCCAGCUGACCGAAAUAUGCGCCUUGCACCACGCAACUAAAGUCAAUGCGGCACUCAAAGUCGCCCAAGGUGAGAAGCACAUUGCCAUGCGAACUUUGCGCCCAGGUCUCAGUACACGACAACAGCCAGAAUUUAUUGCCAACUACCAGUCUGAUGGCGAAAAGACGAUUUACGGAGAUGGAAGAGGUCGUGUGGUGGGGAUUGUCAAAUCCUACAACCAAUGGAAUUCCGGCUAUCGCAACGGGUCUCCCAUCGACAAGAUCAGAUAUCUCGAACACUUGGCUCACCUACAUCGUUUUAUGCGAGAGCACGGCACGCGAUAUGGCUUCAUCAUGACAGAAAUCGAAGUCGUUUGUGUCCGAAUGGGUGGACCUGCAUCUCCAUCGCACUCCGACCAUACUGCUGACAACAAUGUCCCCUUCUUCGGCUACCUCGAAGUCUCCCCUCCCGUGCAAGUCUCCGCUUCAAACUCUCCCGACGAGAAUGGACAGUGCGACAGCUUGAAAAUGACAGCUGGACUGGCGUUAUGGUAUCUUCACAUGUUAGCGAAAGAACAACCUUUUCCAGGACAAUUCCAUUGGAAAGCUGAAGUGGGCGGGCCGACUGCGAUGACAAGACGCAAACAUUUGCCCCGAGAUGAUUGGAUGCCGAAAGUGAAUUUGCAGGAUAAGAGGGUCAGUAAACGAGCGAGAGGUUGGACUUGGCCGGAUGAGCCGUUGCAUCGGAGGGAGUGUGGGAAUCUGAAGGGGAGUGGGAGGAGGAAGUGAUAGCGAUGAUGACCAUCAUCAUCAUGAUCAUGUUGGUGGUGGUGGACCAGAUGCCUAUUGGUUAGAUGUGAGGAGGCAUCUGGAUUGGGAGGAAUUAUAAUAGCACGUGGCAGGUCUGUGUGUGUAAAAGUACCUACGGUAGGGUAGUGGUACUGUCUGAACUUGUGAAGCUAGAGGGCGAAUGAGUGAGAGUGAGUGAGGUUGUUGUACCUUUACUCUCUCCGUGCCGUUCUUGCACCAGCAGAAAAACAGCAUAGCUUCAGCGCCACCCCAAAUAAUUUCUUAUUUAAAAAGUUCCAACUCUAUACUUUUCUUACACAUAAAGAACAUCUCUUUCCCCAUCCCAUCUUACCCAUCUACUCAAAACAAACGUCCACUCUCCCCGCUCCUCCAUCACAACAACAACAACACCACCACCACCACCUCAAAUUUCACCUAAAACUUCCCCCUCCCCAAAUUCCCCACCAUCUCCCUCCCCGUAACCACCGUCGUCCUCCACAACGUCCCAAAAUCCAACGUACUACUAAACGUAUCCGCAUACCCAAAUCCCAUCAUAGGCGGAAUCCAACCUCGCGCAUACUCGAGCGCAAAACACGAACUUUCCAUUUUGUACUGUUUGACCUCCCCUCGUCGCAAAUGAUGUACACUUCCCGGAGAGUAGAUUUCUGGUUCGUAGGGGUUUGUGGAAGGGUCGUAGGCCAGUUGAGUGCCUGUGAGAAUGUGGAAGUAGUCGUCUGCUGUGUGUCGGCCGGUGUGGCCUUCGGUUCCGAUGGAUGUGCCGAAGAUGAUGAGGUAUUCGGUUAUGCUGGCGUGAAUAAUAUACAUAGCACCCAUUGCACCUCCAGCAUUAUUGAAAAUCCAUUCUUCUUGAAAAUUGAGAUGGGGUUUGAUAGAGUCGAUAGCGGAGAGUUGCGAGAUGAUAUCGGAGACAAUGGCUUGCGUAUUAUUGCCAUGUUGGUCGAUGGCACUGAGGGCAAUCUUGUGUAAUUGGGGUGGAUUGAAAAUAUAAAACGAUUCGAGAUUGGCUUCGAGGAUGGUGUAGAUUCCGUACAAGGCGGCGAAGAGCAGGACUGCCAGGGAGAGUUUUUGGUAAUCCAUGUUCUUUUUUUUUUGUUUUACCCUUCUCUCCGGCCCCUUGCGGUCUUGGGUAUCUUGAAUGGGUUGGCUCUGUUGGUGGGCUGGACGAAGGAGUGUAAUGGGAAGGAAAAGGAGCGUGUCGUGGUCCAGC